AUGCUAGCCAGUGAACAGCCUAUCACCACAGCUGGGGUGGGAACUGCAGCCGCCGGUUUCUCGCCCCAGGCCUCUUUCUUUGCCCUCGGGGUCAAAGUAUGGACGCACUCCCCAGAGACUGUCCACAGCUCUACGUCAAAAAUUAUAUUCAUCAAUCUAAGUUGUUGUGAUGGUGUGCCCUUUGGGGACUACCCAAAGCAAUCUGCCCUAUGGAUAUUGAUUGGUCAGAUUGUGGAGAGUACUUACUCGGCUGAUUCAAAGACUCAACUCUCAGAUAUAAAAAUGGUUUCACACUACCUGAAGCCAGACAGGAAGCACGCUGACAAGGUUUCACUCCCUGCUCUCAUAAUGAGUCCACAAAUGUCUCCAUAUGAGGCAAAAUUCCUCUUAACCCGGGGCUUUGCCUCCAGACCCCUACCCAAUUGGCAUUGUGAGACAGUAUGCAACAGCAGUCACCUUUGCCAGACCAAGCAUUGCAGCAGUUCCUCUCUCAGCAAAGGAAAUAGCGUUAGUCAGAGGCUGAAUCAACCACACCUCCCUCAAGUGCAGCCAGCCAGGUCAACGAGCUUCUUCAACAAAUUGCCGGCUGAUCAGCUCUGGAAGGGUGUGACGAGUGUGAGCAAUGCUGGCAAGAAGCGUGGUCGUGGCAAAGGCGUUGGCAAGAAAAUGGCAAAAAAUCUCAACCGAGGACAGAUGAUUGGCGUUGGGCGUGAGAAUAUUGUUUGGCCUGGACUCAAUGCCCCCAUAUUGCGAGGGAAGGAGUUGAUACAGCAGCAGAAGCUCCCGCAAGAUACAGAGAGAGAGGCAAAGCUCAUCAAAAUGAGAGACACCAUGGGUGUGUUCCGCCCUUUGCGCCUAGAUCCCCUGGAGAGAGGCUGGUCCGGCAACAAGAUGCCCGGGAGGAGCAUUGGCCCUCCUGACCCUAUUGGGGAAGACAGCUUUGAUGGGUUUGACACCAAAGUACUGGAACUGAAGACAGUGACCCACAUGAGCGGCAUCUUCGGGAGGAAAAGACGAAUGAGUAUGUUUGUCGUCACUGGCAACGGGAAUGGCCUGGGAGGAUUUGCUCUAGCCAAAGCCAACACCAUGCCAGCCACCAUGAGGAAGGCGAAGAACCGGGCGGGACAGAAACUGAUCUACAUUGAAAGAUACAAUGACCAUACAGUUUUCCAUGACUUCUUUAGCCAGUUUGGAUACACAAAGCUCUUUGUCAAGAAGAAGCCUGAGGGCUAUGGUCUGGUAUGCCACCGUGCCAUCCGUACCAUCUGUGAGGUGAUUGGCAUCAAGGACAUCUAUGUCAAGGUGGAAGGCUCUACCAACAUCCAGAACCUCACGAAGGCCUUCUUUCUCGGACUCAUCAAUCAGAAAACUCACCAGCAUCUCAGCGAGGCCAAGCAGUUGCACCUUGUUGAGUUUCGUAAAGAGACUGGAUUUCCCCGGGUUGUGGCUUCCCCCCAGAGUGGCAAGGUGCGCGACUUAGAAGAAAUUCCCAAGGACGAGGAGCUUGACUUUGGCCUGUACACAAUGGAUGGCAAGGUGGAACUUCAGAGGAAGAAGUACCCCCCUGGCUACCAGAGAUUGCCCAGUUACAACACCUUCCUGAAGAAGUACUCAAAGCGUCGUAACCAUGACAAGGUGAUGGUGGACAUGAGGGUGGAAUACGGGGAGCUGCGAAGCUUUUACACCGAGAAGUACCCCGAAUGCAAGCCAGGGCCAAAGAGGAGUGCCGAAGAAGCCAUGUAAAUAAGGGUAGAUGGAGGGGGGGGGGGGUCGUGAUGAACUGGGGUGUGGACGCCAGUUGUACAUAUUGUAAUUUGAAGCGAUGAUGAUAUGGUCCUCGUGUUGCAGAAUGGUUGAUAUAUAAUUGUACAUUUUAUUAUUUUUGUUUCUUGUUCGAUAUCUAGAGAUUAAAGAAUAAAAUAGGAAAUACAGUUAUUU